CGAUAUUAUGGGCCAUGUAACUAUAUUCGCCUACUUUUUUAGUCUAUUUUUAAACUUUAAAGUAACUAUGAAAAGCGAAGGAUUGUGUGCUUCUGUUUUUUGGUGAAACUCAAGAAAUGUAUGUACAUUUUUCAUAUAUAUUAUUGACAUUAUAUCAUUUACUUAUCUAAAGCGAACACUUUUAAAUUUCAUGAACACUUGACAAAAAAUGUUGUUAUUGGGAUACAAAAUUAAACGACGGUUAGCGAUUUGUGUUGUAUUAAACAGUUUUAGAAACAGAAACUUUUAGACAAGACACAAAUGAUAUAAAAUUUACUGAUUAGAUUGUGAUCUUGCAUCUUUACAGGGUAGAACUUAUAAAAUAAUAAAAACAUGAUUUAAUAACAUAAUUUAGAUGUUGAAUAUUUCUGCCAAGAGAAUAUAUAUUAUCUAAAAGUUAAAGUUCAGAUAUUUAACGAUUAAAGACCCCAAAAACAUUAUGCCAUUAUGAACGCUUGUAAAAUAAAAUUAAUGUUUACAUAUUAAGUAACAUUUGUUAAGUGUAAAAUUAAGAAAACUAUAUUAUUUAUAAUAAAGUUAUAAUCAAUGAAAAGAUCAAUUAUCAAUCUUUUUACAGCAUACGUAGCAAAAUUCUGAGGUGAAUUUGAGUUGAACACUAGAAUCGGAGCUACAAGAAAUAUUUUACAUUAAUUCUGAUAGUUACCAGACAUCGUCCAUAUAAAUCAUUUAAACUAUGUUAUUUGACUACAGUAUAGUUCUGGAGUAUUAACAGGAUAGAGAGUUGAUUCGAACUAUACCUGUUUGACAAUUCAGAAUGAUUCACAGGAUAUUUGGAAUUAUAACAGUGUUUACAUUUUCUAUUGUUGUACUUGGAGUGUCAGGUACGUACGUAUUUAUAGAACUGAACAUAACAUUUUUGUGUAUAAUUUAAUUAUAAGAUUCUCUUAUGAAAUUGCUAAAUUUAGACAACUAGAUAAAUAAUGUAUAAUUUAAUAACGAGUUUCUCAUGAAAUAUUCUAUAUUUUAGCAGCAUGUGAUACUGGAUGGUUUGGAACAAAGUGUACAUACCAAUGUCAUUGUACAACUAACACAUGUGACAGUAAUGGCGAGUGCCUGGAAGGCAGAUGUGCCUCUGGAUGGUUUGGUCCAGCUUGUCAAUACCGUAAGUAACCUUUUGUUUGGGUUAGUUUCAAAGAUGAAAAAAUACUUUAUUUUAGAGUAAAGUAAUUUUUUUGGUUUCUAUCAGGAAUUGAUUCAUAGAUUCUGGUUUUUAUUGGAAACAAGUGGUGUAUCAAAGUAUGAACUAUAAAAGUAAAAUUAAUACCACUGAUUUUUCGACUGCAAACAUGCAAUCACGAAGUAAAAAAAAACAAUAGAAAGGAAGAGAUAAUUUCAAAGAGGAAGGCCUUAAUAUGGCCUUAACACUGUUUGAACGCAGUAUCGAAAAUAGGACAUGCUUUUUUAUUUACCAUAUCAUUUUUUUUAUAAUUAAAAUAUCACACAGGUAACUCAUAUGUAUCCUCUAGAAACAGCAUUGUAUAAACAUCAUUUUAAAUCAAGUUCAUUUAUUUGUUUAAACCUUUGUUACAUUUAAAAAAAAAAAAAAUUAAAAUCACGAUUUUCAACAAAAUUAAGCAACUGUCCACCUCUAUAUUUUAAACUGUAUUUAUAAUUUAAGAGGACCUGUAUUCACAACCACAAGUUGCCACAAGUUCACUGAAUGCUACAAACCUCAUUGACAGAGAUGACCAAACAUGUAUAUCAACUAAUACAGGAAAUUUAACAGUUACAUUAAACAUGAUUUAUCCCAUUACUUGGAUACGAUUAAGUGUAAAUAAACCUGGUAAGUGUUGGAAUGAAUCAGUAGUUGAUUUAUGUUAUUAUUUCAAACUUCUUUACAGCCAACAAAACGAAUCAUUUCAAAUAAAGUAAAACUAUUUAGUACACUUAAUCAUCUACAUAAUUGUGUGGUUUUUUUUACUGUUUUUAUUGCACAUAUUUACUAUCACGAUGUCUUUUAAAGAAUAUACCUUAAAGGAAUUUAUGGGCAGAAAAAAUCAAAACCUAAAAAGAGCAAUUCUAAUUUUGCAAACUUGAACACUUUUCAAAAAGAAAAAAAAAAAAUACAAAUAAUAUGAAAUAAUGUAAUGACUAGGAAAAACUAACGCGUUUCGCUUAUUACAAUUAACUCAUUGGAAAUCACCUUCAAUAUUUACUAUAAAGAUGUCUUUUAAAGAAUAUACCUUAAAGGAAUUUAUGGGCAAAAAAAAUCAAAACCUAAAAAGAGCAAUUCUAAUUUUGCAAACUUGAACACUUUUCAAAAAGAAAAAAAAAAAAAAUACAAAUAAUAUGAAAUAAUGUAAUGACUAGGAAAAACUAACGCGUUUCGCUUAUUACAAUUAACUCAUUGGAAAUCACCUUCAUGACAGUUUUCAUGUUUUUUUUAUCUUUUAAAUGUAAAACUGAUACCACACUAUCUAAUAUAUAAUAGGGCAACUUAAAAGCAUUCAAACUAUGUAUCACACGUCAAGUUGACAAUAGUCUGUGAACUCUGUAGCUGUAACACUGCGUUUAAGAAUGUAUGGAUUAUUUCACAAAAGAAUAGAAAAGUAUUAUCGCAAGUAACAGAAUACGUAUAAAAUAUGACUAUGCAGUGAGGACGUUUCAAAAUGUUCACUUAUAUUUUGUGUUUCAGAUCAGUUACAAGUUAGUACACUAUUGUUCACCGACAAACAAGACAGUGUUACAACGUGCAGUAGAACUAUAACACAAGACAGAACCAUGGACAUCUUAUGUGACGUCAGUGUGGCAGGCAACAAAAUAAGCUUUAUAGGAGACGGCGUUAACUCACUUUGUUCUCUUUACAUUAGUGGAGGUAGGUCUUUACAUAAGUGGAGGUAGGUCUUUACAUAAGUGGAGGUAGGUCUUUACAUAAGUGGAAGUAGGUCUUUACAUAAGUGGAGGUAGGUCUUUACAUAAGUGGAGGUAGGUCUUUACAUAAGUGGAGGUAGGUCUUUACAUUAGUGGAGGUAUGUCUUUACAUAAGUGGAAGUAGGUCUUUACAUAAGUGGAGGUAGGUCUUUACAUAAGUGGAGCUAAGUCUGUAAAUAAGUGGAGGUAGGUCUUUACAUAAGUGGAGGUAGGUCUUUUUAUAAGUUGAGGUAGGUCUUUACAUUAGUGUAGGUAGGUCUUUACAUUAGUGUAGGUAGGUCUUUACAUAAGUGGAGGUACGUCUUUACAUUAAUGGAGGUAGGUCUUUACAUAAGUGGAGGUAGGUCUUUACAUUAGUGGAGGUAGGUCUUUGCAUAAGUGGAGGUAGGUCUUUACAUAAGUGGAGGUAGGUCUUUACAUAAGUCGAGGUAGGUCUUUACAUUAGUGUAUGUAGGUCUUUACAUAAGUGGAGGUAGGUCUUUACAUAAGUGGAGGUAGGUCUUUACAUUAGUAUAGGUAGGUCUUUACAUAAGUGGAGGUAGGUCUUUACAUAAGUGGAGGUAGGUCUGUACAUAAGUGGAAGUAGGUCUUUACAUUAGUGUAGGUAGGUCUUUACAUUAGUAGAGGUAGCUCUUUAUAUUAUUGAAGGUAUGUCUUUACAUUAGUGGAGGUAGGUCUUUACAUAAGUGGAGGUAGGUCUUUACAUAAGUGGAGGUAGGUCUUUACAUUAGAGUAGGUAGGUCUUUACAUAAGUGGAGGUAGGUCUUUACAUUAUUGGAGGUUGGUCUUUACAUUAGUUUAGGUAGGUCUUUACAUUAGUGGAUGUAGAGGUCUUUAUAUUAGUGGAGGUAGGUCUUUACAUAAGUGGAGGUAGGUCUUUACAUUAGUGGAGGUUGGUCUUUACAUUAGUGGAGAUAGUGCUUUACAUUAGUGGAAAUGUGGCUUUACAUUAGUGGAGGUAGGUCUUUACAUGAGUGGAGGAAGGUCUUUACAUUAGUGGAGGUAGGUCUUUACAUGAGUGGAGGUACGUCUUUACAUUAUUUGAGGUAGGUCUUUACAUGAGUGGAGGUAGUUAUUUACAUUAUUGGAGGUAGUUCUUUAAAUUAGUGGAGUUAAGUCUUUGUAUUAGUUAAGUUAGGGCCUUAUAUAAGUAGAGGAAGAGCUUUUCAUUAGUGAAGGCAGAGUUUUACAUUACUGGAGGUAUAGCUUUAUAUUUUUGGAGGUCGGUCUUUACAUUAGUAGGGGUAGUGAUUUAAAUUAGUUGAAUUAGGGAUUUACAUUAGUGGAUAUAGGUCUUUACAAUAAUGGAGAUAGGUAUUUACAUUAGUGGAGACAGGUGUUUACAAUACGGGAUUCAGAGCUUUAGUGAUGAGGGGUUAGGGAUUUACAUUAGUGAAGGUAUAGCUUUACAUUAGUGGAGGUAGGUAUUUACAUUAUUGGAGUUAGUUCUUUAAAUUAGUUAAGUUAGGGCCUUAUAUUAGUAGAAGAAGAGCUUAACAUUACAGGAAGUAGGGCUUUACAUUAGUGGAGGCAGCGUUUUACAUUAGUGGAGGUAGGCAUUUACAUUUUUUGAGGUAGGUCUUUAAAUUAGUGAAGGCGGGCUUUUAUGAGUAGAGGAAGAGCUUUACAUUAGAAGAGGUAGGGCUUUACAUUGAUAAAUGUAGUUCUAUAUAUUCGUGGAUGUAGGUCUUUACAUUGGUGGAUGUAGGUCUUCAAAUUAAUGGAAGUAGGUUUUUUACAUUGGCGGAUUAAGGUCUUUUCAUUAGAGGAGAUAGAUCUUUACAUUAGUGGAGAUGUGUGAAUACAUUAGUGAAGGUAGGUCUUUAGAUUAGUGGGGGUAAGUCUUUCCAUUAUUAGAGGUAUGGCUUGACAUUAAUAGAGGUAGGGCUUUAACAUAUUGAAAUUAGUCUCUACGUCGGUGGAGAUAGAGCUUUACAUUGGUGAGGGUAGGGCUUCAGAUUGGUGGAAUAUUAUAUUUUAAAUGGCUUGAGUUUUACAGAAAUAGAGGUACUGCGUUAGCAAUGUAGGGUUUACAUUUAGGGAACAUUCGCAUUAAUGAAGGUAGAGCUUUACAUCGGUGGAGGUAGAUCUUUACAUUAGAGCAUGUGGGGCUUUUCGUAUUAGCAUUGAGGGCCUACAAUGUGCUAACAACGCUAACUCAAACACAAAAUCUUAUCAAUUAUGAUAGUAGAAAUGACAAAUAUAUCGCGGAGGUUCGUCACAUUUUUAACAAAUGAUGUAUAUGGCAUUUGAACUGUCACAAUAAUUAAAUAAAAAACUUAGUCUUAAAAUCUUUCUUGUUUGAUAAUUUCUUAGAUUGUAUCUUACUUUAAAAUAACAAAGCAGAUUUGUGCCACUCGCCCAUCCACAUAUUGUUUUUAAUAACUGAUUAAUACACGUGAUCUGAAUGGCGUAUAGGGUUCUUAAUUAAUGGAUUCUGAGGACCAACGCAUUGAACUCAUUUUUAAAUUUUAUUUUAGGUAGAAAUGUGGCAGUCAGGCAAAUGACGUCACAAUCAAGUAACUAUAGCGAAAACGGUGUAGCAUAUGACUCCAGUCGUGCUGUAGACGGGAAUACAGACUCCGAUUUCUCUCACGGCAAAUGCUCACAUACACUGAAAGCGACUGACUCUAACUGGAAUGUAACGUUCUCAAGACCUCCACUUGUAAACAGAUACGUUCUCUACAAUAGAGGCAACCGUAAGUUCUUUUUUAAUACAAAACGUCAAACAUUUGUUGAAGUGACGUCACACGUUACAUGGUUGCUUACAAUUUAAAACCUCCGGCCUACGAACAUGAAAUUUGUAGGGCAGCUUGUUCUUAUAAGAUCACUCACCUCCAUCCAGUUCAGCUUAACUUUGUUCUUGUCUGCGUUUGCGCCCACUCAUCCUCUUUACUAUGUUUUAGGUAGGACACAUGUAAAUAUAUUAUGUCAAUUUAAGUUCUACUUACAUUUAAAUCCUGUUUUUUUUUUUUUUUUUUUUUUUUUUUCUUAUAAAGGCAUUUUUUUAAACGUGUUUAUUGACACAAGUUGUUUUUGUUUAUUUAACCUGUUUUUUUUAGGUUUUUUGCUUUUUUUAUUUUUUUUUUUUUUUUUUUUUUUUUAUUUCUUUUUUUUUUUUUUUUUUUUUUUUUUUUUUUGUACUGAUAAAGGCAUUUGUUGAAACGUGUUCAUUGACACAAGUUGUUUGUGUUUAAUUAACCUGAUUAUCUUAGGUUUAUGACUAUUUUAUAUGAUUAUACAAUUGCUACAAGUUACCCUUAGUUCUGUUAAUACUGAUUGUAAAGAAAUUAUGUUUAGGAAAUCAUUAGCUUUGAAAUACUACGACUUACAUUAAUCUGACCUAUUAUGAUUUCAGUUCAGGAAAGACUGCUGAAUUUCUCUCUCUCAAGUUUUAACCAGGAAAAAGACUUAGUGUUCGCCUACUCCAUUCCUCCAAAACAACAAUUGACUUACGCCGUGACGUCACCCCCUGAACUUGUUUCAUAUGUUAAAAUGUUCACCAAUGUCAGCCAAAUCUUGACCUUGUGUGAAGUGGAAAUAUACGGUGGUGAGACAAAUAUCUUCAAAAAAAUUAAUUCAAAUCCUAUUAAAACACUGAAAUAAAUAAUACAACUUAGAAUAAAAAUAUAUACAUGAUACCAUUGUAUCUUUUAUCAAUAUUUAUAGAAUUAAAUUGGUUGUUUUUAUCUAUUGGUCAACAGAUUCAGUUUGCCCUACCAAUCAAUUUGGUUUGGAAUGUAACAAAUCAUGUAACUGUGAAAGUAAAGCAGAGACAUGUUUUGUGGCUACUGGAGGAUGUCCAUCUGGUUGUGCUGCUGGUUUCCAUGGGGACGGUUGCGGUAAAAGUAAAUCAAUUUCUAUUUUGUUUUAAGACGUAUUGUAUUAUAAACAGAUGCACUAUACAAAUAAUUGCUGCUUCAUGAUGUGAAAUAUUUCGAAGAACUAAAAAAAAAAUCAAUGUCUUUUAUUACAACUUAUACGUGCUAUUAUUUGGAUGAGCAGUUGUCAGUGAAUCAUUGUAGAAAUGCACGUCUUAUAAUUCACUACACUAGAUAUAGCCCGCCAAACAUUGGCGACAGCAAUGCGUGAAAUUCCCAUCUGCUCAAAUAACUUAACAAAAACGUGAACGUUUAAGAAUGCCAAUUUCGCUAGGCCUCCUUUUUUGCCCUAUCUCCAAUAUGGAAAUUUUUAUUAACAAAAUGCUAUUGUUGGAUUAUGCGCCUUCAAACAAACAAAUAAAAGAAAAAGUGAACAUCCGUUUAGUGAUGACAAGUAACACCACCGGCCUUGCCACUGAAAUUUAGUUUGGAGAAGAAAGAUUAGAGACAGUAGGCAGCUUCAAAUACCUAGGAUAAAUAGUCUCGGAAGAAGGCCCCAAGCCUGAAUUGAUGUCCAGAAUUGCCCAGACCACAUGAGCCCCAAAGACGCUCAAGAAAAUAUGGAAUGACAAAAAUAUAGCCCCCAGCACUAAUAUCAUGCUUAUUCGCUUUUUAGUUCUCUCCAUUUCCUUGUAUGCCUUUGAGUCCUGAACUUGAAAUGAAUAUAAAGAGGAUGAAGAUGAAAUGUUUCAGAAGCAUUCCUGGCAUCUGCUAUUGAGAUCAAAUCUCAGGUGAUCCAGUAAAAGAAAAGAUUUGCCAGGAAAUUGGGAAGUACGAUGAACUCCUAGUGACUAUAAAAAAGCGCAAACUGGAAUGGUAUGGCCACGCGACAAGGAAACAAGGGCUCGCCAAAGAAAUCAUGCAGGGCUCAACGAGAAGAGGGGGAAGAAGGGGAAGACAGCGACAAAGAUAGGAAGAUAACAUCAAAGCGUGGACGGGACUAAAACUACGCGAUGCUAUUCAAAUUGCAGAAGAAAGAUACAAAUGGAGGUGGAUAGUUCACAUGUCAUCUGUGGCCCCCAAACGGUCCAAGGACUAAGGGACAUGAUGAUGAAACAUCCGUUGCAUCCAUGUUUAUCAUUAGACUUAAAAUUUUUCCUCCACCCUUCACAGAACCGCCCCUGUUUUCAAUCAAGUAAACACACAAGUCACAAAUGAUACAGUUUAAACAAGUAUUAAUACAAAGUUUCAUAAGCUAAUAUCAUAAUUUUCAGCUUCCUUUGAGCAUUCUCCUUUCCCCCAAAGACAUUUACAAGAUAAAGGUGUUACGCCCUUGCUUCUAAUAUGAUAAAUUAAUUUCCUAUUUUGUUUUUUUUUUUUGGGUCGUUGUAAACAGAGUCAACAAUAUUUAAGAUUCGACACCCAAAACAGUUGCCAGUUUUCAAUUAAUUAAGAUUUAUUAAGUAUUAAUACAAUAAUAAAACAAAAGAAAUAUAAUUAUAAAUCAUCAACUUACAGUAUGGUAGAUCUUUUACCGGUUCACAGUUAAUACAAUGUGCCAAUUAAAAAUGAUGAAUGCGAAAUAAACACAUCAAUACACAAUACACGUCACGUGAAGUUAAUAAUUAUCUAUCUGAAUCUCUGUCUCUCUGUCCGUGCCUGUCCAUCCCUUAUAAGUACGCGUAUCCCUGCCUUCGAGAAAAUACUUAUGACUUGUUGUUUACAUUUCUCGGGUUAUCGAGCACAUUCGAGAAAAUACCAGUAGAGAGUCUAACAGGCUUAAUUGGUAAAUACGUUUGUAAACAAGAUACAUCAAACGAAUAGGCCACGCCCACAACAGACGUUACUGUCUGCUAGGAGUCUAAUUUAGGUCAAGUAAAGUUCACGCACGGAAAAAGUGUGCUACAAAGGUAAUAAUACAAAUUAAUUAAAGAAAUUAAGAAUUUUAAAUUUCCUAGGUAUCGUAAACCAAUCUUUAUGCGACUCCUGAAAUAGGGGAUGGUUUGAUGAAAUAAUAAAGCAUUAUUUUAAAAUACAUAUUAUUAUUUAAAAUCACAAACUAAAACCUUCAUUGAUAAGAUGUUUGCGAGUGCAAUGGUCUUAAAAAUGCUUAUAUAAAAUUGAAAAACAAAAAUAAUUUAACCUAAACAUCCCUUGAAGCCAAUACAAAAUUAUAUGUUUUAAUUUACAGCUUUGUCGAUAAUGGACUUUUAACCAAACUCCCAAGAGUAUCAAUAAUAGGUCAGGAGAUAUGACCAUGUCAAAUUUGGUUGUGAUCCAUCAUUCUUCCUCUGUGUAGUAGUAUAACAUUAUUUUUUUCCAAUUAUGUUUUUACACUUUUUCAAGAACUUCCUAUUACUCGGCAAUGAAAUAAUAUAAGGUUAUGCCUUGCAUUAAACAUUGUAAGUGUUAUUCCACCUCGAUUUCAAUAACAGCGUCUAGAAUGUGUACAUGUUUUAGCUCAGUUCGGUGUAAAAUAUUGUUUUAUCAUUUUACUUACCCCGAUUUAAUAUAUACAAUUAUUGUUUUAAGUAAAAUAAAUACUACUUCGUUAAUCAUUAGGUUAAGGUUAUAUAAAAUAAUCUUAAAUGAUUGUCAGAUUGCUCCCAGGGCAGAUGGGGCGUGGACUGUAUCAACCAAUGUACUCAUUGCACAAAUAAAACAUGUGACAGAAUAAAUGGGACAUGUGACCUGGGAUGUGAGGAUGGAUACAAGGGUGAUACUUGUGAUGAUAGUAAGUGAUUUACAUACAGGACAAGGUCCAAACAUCAACUUAUUCUUCUAACUCUUAUAUUAGGGACAAUUAAUUAUGUAUGUUUUUUUUUAUAUUUCGUUUCAUUCUAUUCCAUCUCUAUUUUUCUCUUUUCAUCUUUAUCAAACUUUCUCUUUUAAAUCAAUUUUAUAUUUAACACAUACACACACAUACAUUUGUACGCACGCACAUACGAACUGAUUUCUUCUAUCCAUAUUCUGAUCUCAAGACAUAUUCUUUAAACAAUUUAUUGCAGUAUAACCUGGCAGGUUUUAUUUUAAUGAUUAUAUAAAGUUGCUAUACGACCGAUCUGAAAAUACGUACAUUUGUAGGCAACUGAAGACAAAUUAUGUAAUCCCACAGAAUGUUCUAGUUUGACAUGGGGCAAAGAUUGCUCACAUCAGUGCAGUCCACAGUGUUUCAAUAAGUCGUGCAACAUCACCAACGGCGUCUGUCUGUCUGGAUGUACAGAUGGGUACACGGGAGACUCGUGCACUGAAGGUAAAGUGUUAAAACACUUGUGUUUAUUUCUUGUAAUCCUUGAUCUUUAACAUUUUUAUCAAUAUUUGUGAAUAAAAAUCAAAUGCUAUGUAGAGCUAAGGCUUGAUUAUGGAAACAGUGGCCAAGUGAAAAUACGCAUUGGAAAAUGUAACGUAUUAAACAGAAUUUGGUUACAUUUGCAGAACCAUUUGAUAGAUUAGUAGGUUUUCUAACGUAAGUCUACAACACUAGCAAAGGAAAGACUAUUCAUUUUAUAAAAAAAGUUGUAAGACGUGGUUAGAAUCAUGGUCGUAAAAAAUUACAUUUUAACGUCAAUUGGGGGUGGGGGGAGAUCGGGGGAGUAACUAAAAUGGUCUUGUUACAAAUUGUACGUGUCACAGUUAAGGAAUAAAUUAAUUUUGUUAUUUAUUAUACUUACAAUUUGUAAAUUGGUCUUUUUACGUAUUCUUUGGAUUUAAGGCUACACACACAAGUUUAUAUUGUUCCCCUUAACAACUUUGUUUUUUUUAACGAAAUAGAAGGAGUUGCAACUUAAAUUAACAAUGCUAUAGAACUAUUUAUCCACACAAAAAAAUGUUACAUUAAAAAAUGAAUACUGACAAUGACAUUAUAAAAUGUAAACAUUUCAUUCUGAAAUGAGUUCAGUACUUAAUUAAAAACAAACGAAUACAAUUGAAUAGAAUAAAACGUGUAAUUUUACAAAUAUUCUUAUUUGAGCUGGUGAAUGGGCUGGAGAUUUCUUUAAUAAUGUACACCCUUAUACAACUUAAUAGAUCCUGUUUUCAAAUUAAAAACGGCAAUUUAAGUGUAAUUUGUUAUUGUGCAUUUGUCACCUGACAGCUUGCCCAUCAGCCACAUGGGGCAAAGAUUGUCAAUAUAACUGCAGUGACCACUGUUUGGACAACCCUUGUAAUGUAGCCAACGGUCGAUGUGAUAGUGGCUGUGAGCCUGGGUACCUUGGAGAUAAGUGUACAGCUAGUAAGUAGAUUGAAUAAAGAUUGCAAUGUCAAAACAAAGCCUCAUCGUCUCAAAGGUCAUUGAAAUAUUUAAUGUUUACAAAAAUAAGUUAGCGUCUUCUACCCGCUAUUUAAACUUCAUUCAUCUAUUUAAAAUAACAGUUUAGUCGGUUCUUAACAACCAACUCUAGUAUUAAACGUUUUAUCACCAGGAAGCUAUUUCAGUUAUUUAAAUUUCAUUUGUUUUCUUCCUUUGUCACUACUCUAAACAGAAAAUUUAAUGAAUUUCAAAAAGUUUUGUACAAAAAAAAAAAAAAAAAAAAAAAAAAAUCUUUAACAUUUUAUGAAAACAAUUUAGUUUGACUGAUGGCGAUAGAAUAAAGUAUUGGAUGGCACCAUCGAAUGCAAUAUUACUGGAGUUUGAAAUUGAUUAAAACAUAGGUACAUAUAAUAUUUUAAUAAAAAUAAUUAUAAUAGCCCAGCAAUAUUUUACUUUAAAUAAACAAUUUUAUUAGAAUGUCCGAAACUGACAUGGGGUAGCCAGUGUCUAAAGCGCUGCAGUGACCACUGUCUCAACAAAACUUGUGAUUUUGUGAAUGGGAUCUGCGACCAUGGAUGUGACGGUGAUUACAAUAACACACAAUGUCUAGAUGGUGAGUAAUUUUAAUAUUUUUAUUUCUGAUAUAUUUAUAAAGUAUAUGAAGAGUGUCUAAAAUUCCGCCCCCCGACGCAAACCCCCCCCCCAAAAAAAACCUACAAAAAGCAUAAAAAAACAGUGCCAGUGAACUUUUAUGCCCGUGGCUGUACCAGGUUGUGGCUAUGUAGCACACUUUCCUCGCGCCGUGAACUCUGGUUGACCCCAUAUGAGACGUGGCCCUAAUUUUCCUUUCAUGUAGCAGUUGUUUCCACAACUAUCAACUAGAAAUAACUAAUAUAUUCUAAUAGAAUUUUGGGGAAACUUCGAUAAUUGACUAGAAAGAUAAAGACAUUUCUAGAAGCGUUGGUUCUACCGACGCAUAGAUAUAAAAAGGGGAUUCGGAGAUUCAGAGAGGGAGAUUGAUAAAUAUGUUUAACUUCGAAAGACGUGUAUUUGCUUUGUGUGCUCAUAUAUGUUUAUUCGCAUUCUUCAUUCAUCAUUAUUAAUUGGCACAAUGUACUAAUGUGUACCGGUACAACAUUUUCCGAUACUCUGUAAGUUGAUGAUUUGUAAUUAUAUUUCUUUUGUUUUGUAAUUGUAUUGUUACUAAAUUAAAUUUUACUAAUUGUAAUUGGCAACUGUUUUUGCGUAUUAUUAUGGUAUUUCUCUAUGGCAUCGUCCUUUGUUGUGCACUGUGUGAACGAGCCAUAACUUAAAACAAGAGAUUAAUUUCUCACAAAGAAACCAGUGCGUAACAGUGUGCUAUCACGGUCUUAUAAAAUAUCACGUCGGUCUGACAUGGCUGUGAGGAACAGUUUCAAAUGCAAUGUAAAUUGUGGAAUAAGCGUGAAAACUCACUCAAGAGAGCCCCGUUCCCACUUUUAAGAGAACAUAGUUGCCACUCUAAGGAGAGCCCUAGUCACGCUCGAGAGAGAUGCCUAUUCCAACUCAAAGUAUAACCCCAUCCCCAUUCCAAAUUAAAUAUACAUGUUUUUCAUAGCACAAAAACGUAAAGUCGAACCCUGAUUGUCAAAACCGAUUAUCGAUUUCGCAUAAAACCGAUAUAGCAUCCUACCAUAAAAUAAUUGUUGUUUGUACAUAUUCUAUUUGUUUUUAUAACCGGCUGCUUAUUUCUAUCUGAGGGAAAUUCAAUAGCCACAUAAAAAGCUCUUUAGUAUGCUCUUAAAUUUUCAUAUUAAAAACGGGUCAGUGAUACAAAGUUUUUUUGUAUUUUUUUACACAAGUUUUUUAAGCCUUCCAUAAAUAAUUACACUAUGGCCAAACACCGUUUUAUCUUUUAAAAAACUGCCAAAAUCGGAUUUUACAAGGAAUCUAAAUCACUUAAAUUCAAAAUAAUUCAGUUCAUUUUUUUCUGUAUAAUUAAGAGACCAAUGUGAUUUGUUCUGAUCGUGACAUUUUAUUUUCUUGGCCUGCAUUGUAAUCAAAAGCUAAAAGCGUGCGACUUACAGUUUACGCAGUAAUGACGGCACAGACACACUAGCUGAUAAAACAUGGAAUUAAUAGCAUUAUUUUACGUUUUGUAAUUGACUCUUUUUUAAGUCGGAUGAAGACAAUGUGUGAGAAUGUGAGAAAAAGACAAUUGCACGUAGGUCAUUUAGACCAGGCAGCGCACCGUGUAGACGGUGGAUCACUGUACGUGGCCUGGAGCACAGCCUUCUUAUAUUUUCAACUGAAAGACAUUUUCAAGACAGGCUUGUUUUUUUUUCUCCUUUUUUUCGUUUCAGAAAGCAUUACAAACGAUUCAGUACCACUUGCUGCUAUUGUGGCACCUAUUGUUUUUAGCAUCGUCGUAUUCCUUGUGAUAAUAGUUGGUGUUAUUUUAUGGAGGUAAGUUCAUCUCUAUUUCAUUUUUAUUUAUGCUGACUGGUGUUAUUUUAUGGAUAUAAUUUUAUCUCUAUAUUAUUGUGAAAAAAGCUGGUGUUAUUUUAUGGAGGAAAGUUCAUCUUAGAAUAAAGACCAACAUUUUAAAAUAAGGGGACUUAAUAAUGUCAGACAAGGGCAUUUAAAAGGUUCACUUGUGACACAAUCCCAAGUUACCCCAUUUCCCAAAUUAUCAGUUUAUUCUGUUUAUGGUAACCUCUAACACAAGUGAUUUAAAUCAGAAAUUAUAAACGUUUAUUAGCAAACAUCUCCCAAGUUAAAUUACAAAUAGUACGCCGUAUGUUAUGAAGCCACUUAAAAUGUUAUGUCGUAUUGUUUUGAAUUCUCGACUCUUAGACGAAGAAGGGGUAAAAAACAGAAAAUCAGUGAAGAACAAGUAUCUAAGGAAAUGAUGUGUAUCAAGCAAAAUAAAGUAAUCAUUGACAACAACAAUGAUGAUGACAACAACACAUCUAUUGAAAAUGGCAAGUUUUAUUUAAUGGCUUUAACGAAUUUCUUAUUUUGUCCAGGAUUUGACAAUUUUAAAACUUGACAAUUUUUUUCAAAAAUUGUAUUUGUAAAUAGUCAAUAAUUUUGUUGCUGUGUUGAGAGUGGUGUUUAUUUUUAUUCAAAUGUUAGAUGGCUUGGUGCGAUAUUUAUCAACCUUAAAAUGAACUAAAGACAUAAUUGUAAGUAUAUGUAAUGUCAUAAGUUAACGCAUUUUUUGUUAACGUUUCAGACGGUCAAAGUAAAAAUAGUGUGUCAACACCUGUGACAUCAAACCAUGAAAACACUUACUCCAACACAGUUCUACCUAUGGCCAAAGACACAUCUAUAGCUGUCAAUGACUUGAAUGAAUUUAUGAGUCUUCAUAAUACUGACUACUUUACGGACCAGUUUAAGGUGUGGUAAUUUUAUUUCUCUUAUUUUGCUUUUUAAAAUAUAGAAUAUGGCUUAAUAUACAUGCGAACAGAGUGUUAACAGCCUAUAAUCUCAAAAUACUCGGUUUUCUUUGCGAGACCUCUUCAUGUCUUUCUGGCUAAGUUCAAUAAACCACGACAGCAGCUUUCUGCUCUGUGAAUGACGUACAUCAAAUACUAAAAGAAGUAAUACUUCAUAAAAUAGCAUUGCUCCUCUUUAUUCUUGGUAAUGGACGGAAAUAAAUAUCAUUUAUAGAACCCUUCAGAGGACUUGCAUCAAUGUAGGCAACGUACACACAAUGUUAAAUAACUUCCAUUAGCCAUACAGAACUGUAUACUGUGGAUCAAUAACUGGACUAAUUGUGCCUCAGUGUGCCUCAGUGUGCCUCAGUGUGCCUAAGUGUGCCUCAGUGGGUACUAAUGCUCAACUCAAAACCUCCAAAACAACUGUGAUGAAUCCUAACUCAGACUCACGAUCCUUUCGAACUCACACACCUUUUAUUCCACCCCCUUGUUUAUCAUCCUUUUCCUGCCUUCCAAUCGCAAUCAUGAACUAUAAUACCAAUAGCCAGGGGCUAGCUAGGGGGUGUGGACCGCACCAGUUGACACCAACCGAGGCUUGACACAAAAUUGAAAAAUUGCAUAUUUACCUUUUCACCUGUCAAUUGUAGCUGUUUCUAUAUUUAAUUUCGCCAUUUUAAAUUCGUGUUGUCGUCUGCUGUCUUUUAUUCUAUUUUCUAUUUAUUCCUAUUACUUUACCUCCAACAGCUCUUUUCCUCCGACAGCUCUUUUCCUUUAAUCCCAGCUUUUUCGCUUCAAUAUCUCUUUAAUUUUAUCUCAUUGCUCCUCAAGCGUUAUAUCAGCCAAUUUUCUUUAAGUCUCAGCAAGGCCAUUGUAUUAGGUUUUUUUCAAGGGAGAAACCAACACAUGGUUGACAAAUUAAAUUGUUCGUUCCUGGAUGCGCCAUACUACCUAGAAAUUUAAGUAAAGCCCACAAUUUCAAGAAGGGGGCAACACCCCGGCCCUAUCCAAAAGACGUCCCUGCGUCUCAGUAUAUAAUAAUGUAACAUACAGAUCUCUGAUUGACAAUUUUAGUUUUUACAAAUGUAAUAUUACAACUUUCGAUACACAACACAUCUUAUGUAUGUAAAAAGUUACUGAACUGAAAAAAAUAGUUUGCUACUAUGUAUAAAAGACUGCAUUCAACACAUAAAUGUUUCAGAAUAUCCCAGCUCCAACGAACGUAUCCAUGGAAAUAGGGCUAAGUAAUGAAAACAGACAUAAAAACAGAUACAAGAACAUCUGUACAUGUGAGUACGUUCCAUCAAUCUUUUAUUUCUGAAGCAAUCAACUAAACAGUCAUAUCUCACGAGAGCAGUUAGAGAGAAGACAUCUUCCAAAGCCGUCCCAAAAAUUGUGCCUUCCCUCUGAAACUUAUCGGCUUUUUCCUCCUUAGAUUUAAGGUUUAAGAUACUGUCUUCCCAAAUUCCAACUUAGGGCCCUUAAGCGUAGGAGGUCCUCUGCAACCCCAAAAGUGAUUCAAUGACCCACGCCAUGACUCGUCAUUAACCGAUAAUCUUUGAAAUUUCAUAUUUUUCGUUUAUUUUAAUUUAAAAAAAUAAUAAACCAGCUUGAUCCUAAAUCUUCACUCGUUCAUCUGUGUUUAUGAAUGUAUUCCACAAAGACACGAAUGUAUAUAAGCGGUCAUUUUUAUUUUUUUUAGACGACCACUCUAGAGUCCACCUGAUGAUAAACACAGCAAAACAUGAAGGAGAUUAUAUAAAUGCUUCGUACAUUGAGGUAAUAUUACAGCUAGCUUAAAUUAUGAAGACUUACUUAUAAGUUAUCGCAUAGUCAUAAUAAUCACAUGGGCGCUCAGACAGAGUCACUUAAUAUAGUAAAUUAGCGCUCCAUAUAAUGACUAAAUAAAAGAAUCAUAUCAUUCAUUAAUAUCAAUUAUUAUAUAAGAAAAACACACACUUCAAUUAGUUAACUUCUCUAAUAAGAAUGAACAGCCCUUAAGUCAAUGAGGUUUGUCGUAUAAAUGGCGGGAAUCUAUUUAUAUAACGCCGGGCAUACAUUCUAGCCAAUCUCAUUAGGUUAUUACUAAAACAUCCUGGUACUCCGUUUGGCCAAUCUGUCAACAGGUGUUCGGUACUUCUACGUUAAUGUGACCCAUCACAGCGGGUUUUAACCUGGGCGAAAACAUUUCAACAACGUUAUUUUAUAUAGCAUAAUUACAAACGAUUUGGUACCGCUAUAUAAAUACGAAAAUACAUACUUAGAAACUAUGUUUUAUGAAAACAUCAUCUAAAAAUUAACAUUGCGUUAUGCGAUGUGACGUUUCCUGGUCUCCGAAAUGACUAAUCAUAUUGCGUUCAAUAACGGAACAUUGCACUUAUAAGUUGCGUUUAUUUGCCUCUGAAUAUAAAUCAUGCACAGUAGAUACAUCAUGGUACCUAUUGGAUAUAUUGCAUUUGCCUUAAUCUAAAAUACAAAACUUAUUUAGAAAGAUGAGAGAUAUUUUAAAAAGUAUAAUCGUAUUAACAGGGCUAUAUGGACAAAGAAAAAUUCAUUGCCAGUCAAGGUAAGUAUCAUAUUAUCAAUCGUGUGUGAUGUCAUGUAAACACAAGUCAUGCCACAGUAGACAAGAACAUUGUAUUCAUAGACCAAAUUGUUAUUAUAUUAAACAUAUAAUACCAUAUAAAAAUAUAUUAAAAAAUUCCACAAAGCCUUUUGAUUUCUUAGCAGAAUUCGCAUUGUAUCUUUAUUUUCCCAGGCCUCUCGUCCUUAAAAAAAACGACAAGACACGACAAUUCUUUCACUUAUAAACAAAACUGCGAAUAAAAAAUAGAACCUGAGUUAGAUAAAAAGUAACUCCAUGUAGAAAGUUAUAAAACAUUCAUGGCUUAAAUCGAAGGACAAAUUAUGUGAUAAAAAGCCUUUGAUAAAAAUCAUAUCUUUCUUUAAACUGUCCUAUUCGUGUCACCGUAUCCUAGUCACUUUCGUUUAUUUCAACAUAGAUCAGGUUUAGUUAUAUACUUCAAUGAGGUCAUGUUUCAACAGGUCCCAAUAAGGUCAUCAUUAAUGACUUUGUUCGCUUGUUAUGGGAGCAAAGAGUAGACAAAGUUGUGAUGCUGACGAACUUGAUUGAGGAAGGUCAGGUCAGUAGACACAGUUCAGAUAAAUUACAUAGCAUAUAUAUAUAUUGAUUUAACGAUUGAGAAGAAACUAUUUGAAGCAAAAAUAUGAGGAAUAAUUUAAUAUUAUUCAUUUCUGUUACUUAUAUGUAACUAUGUAUAGGUUAAAUGUGAAAGAUACUGGCCGGAAGAGGGAAAGGUUGCUUUUGGCCACAUAAAGGUCAGACUGGCGUCCACACACGUUUUUGCUGACUACACAAUCAGAAAACUGGAGCUUAUAAAGGUGGCUACUCAAUUAUAAUACAACUUUGUUGCUGUUAUAUUCACCGCCAGUAGUAAAUAUUAAAACACAUACAUAUUUAUUUUAACUUUUCAUUUUAAAUUUCGAAAAGACAUCAGCUUACUCUUUAGAAAACCCCUUUGUAUAAUUAAUGUAUAACUUACGAGUAUAAUACGAGUAUAAUUUGCAUGAGGCUAAUAUAAUGUUGUUGUUUUACUUUUGACAACUCUGACAUAUUUAGAAAGAUGAACCCAUCCAUCAAAUGACCCAGUUCCACUUCACCUCCUGGCCAGACAAAGGAGUUCCACUAACACCAUGGAGUCUAGUAGACUUUCAACAAAGGGUCUCGUCUGAGCCUACGACAAGUCCUGUAGUGGUACACUGCAGGUUAGAUAAUUGUAUAAAUAUAACGCUACGUGUAGAGUUUAGAUAACUGUGUAAUAUAUGUUAAUUAAGGAUGUUAGAUAACUGUAUGUUAUACUAUACUCUAUAUGCAAGUUAGAUUACGGUGUUAAAUAUUCAGAUUAGAUAGCUGUAGGUUAGAUAACGUUUUUGGAAAUGUUACAUAUGCUGUUGAUAAAUGUUAAUAAAAUGAAUUGUAGAAAUCUAUAUAAUUAAAUAGAAACGUACAAUUUUUUUGAGUACGUUGGGUUUAUUUGUAUUAUCAUUAUUAAUAUAUUAGAGAGAAAGCACUAAGUAUGUGAAAUUUUGAUUUAAAUAAUACAACUCAAAGCAUUUCCUUUUUCCGUAAUUAAAUAUUUGAUCACAGUCUUCCUUAUAUUGAGUUUAAAUUAAAUGUACCGAUUAAAGUCACUCAUUUGGUAUUUUACUUGUGACUUGAAUAUAGUUCUAGACCAAAGAAAGCCUUUACCAACAUUGUACAAUUUAAUUUUCUAGCGCUGGUGUAGGCCGCACUGGGACAUUUAUUGCUCUGUGUAAUGUUAUGAAAGAAGCAGAAGACACAGGUCGAAUUGACUUCUUUAAGACAGUUGUCAAAUUGAGACAAGACAGGGUCAUGAUGAUUCAAACCUCGGUAAAUUGUCUCAGCUUAAUUUAACCUUUAAUAAACUCAUGAUGCGAAAAGUAAGGGAACGAAUGUAUUAUGUGUUUAAAAAAAAAAAAAAAAAUUGAUUUAUUAGUGAAAUAAAAUAUUGAAAUAUUUAAACAAAGCAAUGAACUAAAAUUAUAUUUUAUGAAGCAUGAUACAUCUAUGCUAAUCACGAAUAAUAUACACUGAAAAAGUGUCUUUAAAAUGACAUAUUUUAAUAUAUUUAUUCUAAGAAAUUACGCAAGGAUUGCUUAAAAGUUGUUAUUUUAAACCUAAUAACCAAUGUUGAUAUUAUUAUAUGUAAACUUGCUUAAAACUAUUGAAUUGAAUAAAUAAAAAAUUGUUCCUCAACUAUUAGAGCAUUUUGUGUUAAUUUUAAAACAUUUAAUGCAAAAUACAUCAUUGAAAUUAAUUCAAAACUGUUCAUAACUUUUUUUUUUUUUAAUUGAAGUGAAUAGAAUUAAAGCUGGUUAUGUUACAUACAUAGGUUUUUCCAUACUACUCUAUGCUGUAGGCUCAGUUCGAAUUCUUACACAGAGCAGCACAGGUCGCCAUAGUUUGUAUGGGAACAACAGUUACAUCAAGAGAUAUUACAGACAGGAUUCGAAUUCUGGAAGAGGAAGUUUUCAAAGGCCGCACGAAAAUGGAGACUGAAUUUCAGGUAAAAUCGGACAUUAUAAGUAUAACUAUUAUGGAGCUACUUGAAUGUUGGUGGUUAAGUCGUCUUAAGCACCCUGGGCGCUACUUAUAAAUUUCUUCACAUUUGUAUCUGUAAGUCUUUCUCUCAACAUAAUUGUGUUAUAUUAAGUCUACAUAUAAAAACACAUUUUAUAACUGUGAGUUGCAAUGUGGGAUAUAUUAAGUAACAAGAAUGUACAGACUCUCUUUAGAACUGGUGAAAUAGUAAACAAACGUGAAUAGUUUAACGAAACGUAUUUGACGGAUGUAUGAGGGGAAGAUGUUUAAAACUGACAAGUAUAUUUUAAAAAAAAUUAAAACAACAACUUAUAAUAUUAAAACAAAUAGGACGUGUGCUCAGUGAGUGAGGAUUUCACUAAACACACUAAAGAUGUUGAGAACACAGAACAAGAUGAAAGUGUUUAUGAAAACAAUGUGAACAACGCUGCCAUAGUGAAGAACAGAUUUCCUGAUAUUUUACCAGGUAUUUUGAUUCAUUUUUCAUUUUUUUUUUUUUAAUUGUAAACAUGAGUUAUGACAAUAAGUAGACAUUUAAAGGUGUUGCGAUAUUUGACGUGAGGUGGGAUGAUACACAGUUUAGGAAUAAUUAAAUGGUCUCAGGAAUUAUCGAUAUAUUUAAUUCGCCAACGAAACUAGGGCAAGAAGCAAGAAGAUGACGACGCAGCUAUAUAUAGAUACGCCAGAGCAAGUAAGAUGCAAGCAAACCAUCCCCUCACUUCCCUUGCCUGCCCAUCCAAUGGUCCCAAGACUUGCGUACUGCGGCGAAGCUACCGCCCCCCCCCCCCCCCCCCUCCUGCACCCCCCCCACGCAUGCUAAGCCACGGGUCGACUAUAUUUAUAGAGUUCAUGGGCGUGAAGUAAAAAGUGUGCAGUGACGUAUCAUGAAAAAAUGGGGGGGGGGGGGAAAGGUGUGUAGCAAAAUUGGCAUUCUUAAAUGCGCGUGACUUGAGUUCACGUUUUUGCCAAGUAACUUGAGAAGAUGGUAAGUUCAUGCAUUGCUGUCGCCAAUGUUGGCGGGCUAUAUCUAGUAUUAAAUAAAACAGUAUAUUCUUACUAUUUUGACAAAAUUUAGGGACAAUGUUUGCUCAAUAUAAAACUGAGAAAUUCCCCCCCCCCUCUCCUUUUUUCCUUUACCAACCAAAGAAACUUGAUGCAGCUUUAAUAUGUGUGUUUACACAUCCUUCUCAUUCCCACACAAUUUAUUUUUGUACUUUAAACAAUGUCAGAGAAAAGGGAUUUGUUAUAUUAACAUGGUCAUCAAAAUCAAUUUAUCUUCUCAAAGAAAAAACGUACAGAGCGUCCUUGAUACCUGACGGCAGCCAAUCAGGAGAUUACAUCAAUGCCGUCAUAGUUCCGGUAAUUUAAAUUUAUUUUUUCGAUUAACUUUCAAAAAUAUUUGUUUCUAGAAGAUUUUUAAAAUAGGCUGAGCACCAUCGUAUAACUUGUAUGUAGUUUUGUCUUUUUUAUCUUUUUUUCCGUACUUAAUUCAUCUAAAUUAUGCUAAGUUUACCGUCUUCUGUACUUUGGAUCUGUACCAUUGUGUGUGUACUAUUCACUAGAUCGAUGACACAAUCUAGUGAAAUAAACUUUGUUUCUGAUCUUUUAAUUAACUCCGUCAUUCCAUCCAUGCUCAUUCUCAGAGUUUGAAAAAGAAGGACCAACAAGUUCUGACCCAACUUCCCCUUGCCGCCACAGUUGUUGACUUCUGGAGACUUGUCAUGGACUACAAAGUUUCACUAAUUGUAGAGUUUGAAUUUCACCUUCAGUCUACUGACCCGGUGAAUAUUGUUUUUUUUUUGUUUUUGUUUUUUAAAGUAAAACUCUAUUUGCUUUAAAAUGAAGCUGAGCCAACCAUGAAUCAUGUUAUAUAAAUAAAAAUAUAAGAUUUUAAAUCAAUUUUAUUUACAGCCCCUAACUUUUUAAAAGCUCUUUCUUUACCAACAGAGGGACAUUUGAUAGUGUUCUACUACGUUAAAUAUCAAUCUUAGUUUUUUUUAAACUAAUCAAUACUUAAGUGUAUACCAGCGAUUCCCAACCUUUGGGUCGAACGACAAUUACACAAAGGACACCUAAGACCAUCGGAAAGAACAUAAAUAUGAAGAAAAAAUUAAAUAAUUUUAUGGUUAGGGGUCACCACAACAUGAGGAACUUUUUUAAAGGGUCGCGGCGUUAGGAAGGUUGAGGACCCCUGGUGUAUACAAAUAUUAUAAAAACAAUGUUUCAGAAAUUCAUGCUAGAGUAAGAGUUAGCAAAUCCUUUCCUUUUGUUCAUUAUCCUCAUAAAUGUUUCUGUAAUUUAGACAAUUGCAGAUUAUCUACCCUCCAUCCCUGGCGAGGCCUUGACAUUGGGCACCAAUGAAAUACGUGUUCUUUCUUCCAAGAAUUUUGCUUUGGGGAAGGAGUUACAGCUGUCAAUCAGGUCCAAGAAUAAAUCUACUCAUCUGAAAUCAGUGAGUGCGGAACUAAUUAAAAUUUCAAUCCUCUUACAUCCAUUUCAAAUUGUCAAAAUAUUUACAAGUUGCUAUAAAAUGAAACUUAACUUUUACAAGAUUUUUAUCAUAUGAGUCACGACAUUUAAAAAGUAUCUAAGAAAUAUCUCAAAAAUAUUUAUGUAUUUAGUUACACAUUUUAAAUCAAUUCUAAUAACAAAUUCCAAUGUCGUAUCCCUUUCACGAAAAAUAUAUAUUUUUUAAAAAUAAUUAUUAAGCCUACAUUACCAAAUUUAAACAUCAAUUAUUCUUUGCAAUUGUUUUACUCUUUUAGGAAAGUUUAAUCACCAAUUAAAAACAAAAAAGUAAAAUUUAAAAAAACCUAAUCGGAACUGAUAUAAUUUUGAUUACAAUAUUUAUUGAGUUUAUUAUGAUUACCAGUUACCCAAAGACAACGAACUGCCGGUCAUAAGACAGUGGCGCUUUUCGUAACAACAAUAUUUAUUGAGGUUCUUUUGAUUAUAAUAUUUACUGAGGUUAUUUUUAGCAUACUAUUUAUUUAUGUUAUUUCGAUUACAAUAUUUAUUGAAAUUAUUUUCAUUGAAAUAUCUAUUAAGGUAAUUUUGAUUAUUAUAUUAAUUGGGCUUAUUUUUAUUAAAAUAGUUAUCUAGGUUAUUCUGAUUAAAAUAUAUAUAGCGGUGCAACAUUAGAAUUCCAAGAUAUUUUCAACAUUUAAAAAAUCUUAGCUAUCUUAUGUAUUAAAAAAACAAAAUAUUGAGAAAUGCCUCUGUUUCUUCUACAGUUCGAUGAGUUAAAAGUAUCUCACUUGAAAUGUUUCUCUACUGAACUGGACGUCAAGAAUCUUCUACUGUUAGUUAAACAUAUCAGGUCAGCUAAGUCCCCAGGAGAGGAACGGGUUCUUUACAUGUGCAGGUAAGUGUCUAAAAAAGAACGUUUUUUUAAAUGAUCAAACUUUAUCACAUAAGAUAAGAUUCAUUUAUUAACACUAACAUGGAUAUAUCUUUAAAUGCUUGCAUACAUACAUUUUCAGGAUAUGGAUAAACUUUCUGAUUAAGAUAACAUUUGUAAAAUUUAAAAAAUUAAAUCCUAAAACAUUAAAUUUUUCCAUUAGGAAAAUAGACAAGAAACGUUGCUUAUCAAUAAUAAGAUUACAUAUCAAACAUAUUUUAUAAUUAAAUAAUUUUUAACAGAAUGUUAACAUUAAAUUUAUGUUCAGAAGUAAAUGUGGGGAGUGGGGGGAACCAAAAUCUAUUUCUUUAAAACCACUUUGCGAACGUUCUCUUGGAUUUAGAGAUGGCGCAAAAUACAGUGGACUGGCUUGUGUACUGACUCUAUUGUUAGACAGAAUAGAUAAUGACCUUCGCUUGACUAUACCACUGGUUGUAGGGGCCAUUAAAUCUAUGAGGCCACAGGUCAUACCUACUCUGGUAAUGAGAUAUUGCUUUUUUUUUUCUUCUAUAAAAUGUAUUUUUCAUGAAUAUUUCAAAGUAAAAUUAAGAAAAUAACAUUAUUGAAAUAAUUUUUCUUAAUUGCAUGCAUCAUUAGUUAUUUAAAACGGGAGUAUAUAACUUUUCAUUUCAUUAUGCAUAAAACGAUUCGGCCCUGCUGUCUUUGUAAAGAAUCAAUGGGCCAUAUGAACCUCUAAAUUUUAUUAUUUACCCAUCAGGAUCAGUACAGAAUACUCUAUCAAGUGUUACAUCGCUACAGUGAGACUACGUCAUCCUACACUAACUUUGGGGACUAUCAGCAGAUGAACUUCUCUGAGGCCAACAACUUGGAAAAGUCAAAGAGUUUGGAUACUGAAAAUAGUAACUCAAGUGCUUGAAUUUUGUAAAUAGCAUCUAAAAUAUUCACAACUGUUUAUACGCAAGUUUAUUAUGCAUAAAACAAUGAUCCCCAUUGUUACGCGCUGCAUUCCGUAGGGAGAACUUAAUCUCCCAUUUACAUGUAUUGCUCGUUCCAAAACAGUGAUUAACAAGACGAUACCAAAUAAUUAAAAAAAAAAACCAGAAAAUUCGAUACUCAAAACAGUGCCAACUGCAAUUAAUACGUUUUUUAAGUUACUGAC